AUGUGCAAUGAACCCCGCCAUUGCCACCCCCAGGAUUGUUGGCACGCCCAGCAGCAGCUGCAGCUGCAGCUGCAGCAGCCGCAGCAGCAGCAGCAGCAGCAGCAGCAGCAGCAGCAGCAGCAGCAGCAGCAGCAGCAGCAGCAGCAGCAGCAGCAGCAGCAGCAGCAGCAGCAGCAGCCGCAGCUGCCGCAGCUGCCGCAGCUGCAACAGGACCAAGGCGAGCUGGGCUCCGUGGGGGAGCUGCUGACGCAGCAGGCAGCUCUGCAGGAUGUUCCAGCAGCUGCAUUCAACCUGCCCAUGACCGAGCGUAGCGCGCUGCAGCGUAUCGCAAGUUUUUUGGUGCUGGUCUCGGUCCUCGCUGACAGCUCUGACCAGCGGCCGCUGCCCAAGCCGCUGCGCAGCCGCGCCGCCAUCCAGCAGCUGUUGGAGAGCGGCGCGGGCGGCUGUUUCCUUUCGGGCAGCUUUGGUGCGAAAGAGGACCAGCAGGGGGCGGAAAGUAGGGGCCUGCAAACACCCAUACUGCCAGUUGGAUGCAGCGGCGACGGCGGCGGCGGCGGCGACCUGGCCACAUUCAACAUUGGCGGGCACUCGUCUGGGACGCUGCGGCUCGCGGGCAAGUGCGGUCAGCUGUACUGCUUUGUUUCCUCACCGUCACGGGCUGUCCAGGGCAAGACGGGCCGCGGCGGUGGCGGUGGCGGCGGCGGCGGCGGCGGCGGCGGCGGCGAGGGUGCCGCGUCAGGUGCUGUGAGCGUGCGGCAGUUCGGGGUCGUGCUGUCGCCCCAUGCCAACUUCGCACAGCGGGUCAAACCCAAGGGCGAGGGCGAGGGUGAGGGCGAGGGCAAGAGAAGGCGCGUUGGGACGGCCAAGAGCGAGGGCAAAGGCACGAGCAAGCAGCGCACACACGGCAACGCGGCUGCGGCAGGGGUGCCGCCGCCUCCGCCGCGCCCAGUGGCGGGGAACAACCAGCGGCCUGCUGAGCAGACGGCUGCCACGGCGGCGGCGCGCAUGGACAAUCUGGCCCAGGGGAAGCCUCCCCCUUCAUUCAAGAAGUGGGAGGGGCACGAUGCGUGGAUUGCGCCCGCGUUCCUCUACCGCUACCACAGCGGCGAGGACGCGUGCGGCCGCGACAUCCCCACCAUCGCAGACGACCUGCGGGAUGUGGCGGCCUACGUCGGCCGCCUGAAGGGCUGCGGGUCGUGA